AUGGGGGAGAUCGGAGAACCGACGCUAUUGCAGACAUUACGCGGCCACCGUGGCGAGGUGUCAUGCGUGGAUGCGGCAGGCGCACUCCUUGUGUCCGGCGGCGGUGACCGUUCGCUACGUCUGUGGCGCUGGGUGGCUUCACGGGGCUGGGAUGAGGUUACGCGUGUCGAUAGCGCACACCGCUACAGCAUCACUGCUGCACGGUUUGCACCUGGUGCUGUGCUGUUGGCCUCCGCGGGUGUGGACGGAGCCAUCCGGGUGUGGUGCGGUCGCACGCUGACGCCGCGUCGUGAAUUAGCAGCGCCGGGUGCGGUAGCAGUGCGUGCGCUUUGCUGGGCGGCACACUCGCGCAUUUUAGCGGGCCAUGACGACGGAACACUCUGCGUGUGGAAUACGCCUCGAGCCACACUUCUCGCACGAAUGCAAGCACAUGAGGGUGCAUUGUACGCGGUGGCAGCGCCCGCGCGCUGUGCGCUUCUCCUCACCGCUUGUACCGACGGCGUGCUCAAGGUCUUCGACCUUGCAGAGGUUUGCCGUAGCAGCGCCGAUGACGGUCCAUCGCCGGUGCCGCUGACAUGGGUAGACGGCGCGCACGACCUGGGUGCGCUGUGCGCGGACGCGACGGAGGAGGGCGGCGCGGCGGCGACGGGCGGACACGACGCGGUGGUGCGCGUGUGGCGCGCGGGACCUUGCGGAUUGGCGCCGGCGGGAGAGCUGACGGGCCACGCUGCGGCGGUGACGGCGUUACGUUGGGCUCGUGGUGGCGCGUUGCUCUCGUCAGCAUCCCUGGACCGCACGGCGCGCCUCUGGGUGGUGGGCGACGAGCCAAUGUGUUUACAUGUGGUGCACGCACACGCUCGCUACCUCACAUGUGUUACGUUCGCCCCCGAUCUCAGUUAUAUGGUCACCGGAUCAAAUGACAAGUCGGUGAGAAUGUGGUCGCUGGGCUCUUUGACACUUGAAGACGAGCUGGAGCCUUCAUGUGCGGCACUUGAACAUUUUGCUUUAGGAGAUCUCGAGGGGAUUGAGCCACUGGACGAGUCAUUGGAGGAGGAGCACGUAGCGGCGAGCGAGGACGAGGAGCUUGUGAACGGAACGAGGCGCUUGUGGCGUGGGUCGCAGGCGCACGCCGCACCAAUCAAUUGCAUUAGCACACACGACGACAUGGUCGCAACUGCAUCCAGCGACGGGUGGGUGCGGCUGUAUCGCUGGUGCAAGGAGACAAGUGAGCUGGUCGAAGUUCACUCCUUGGACGGUCAUCAGUACCCGGCGAUGGCGGCAGACUUCGGCGCCAGCGGAGCGCUGCUGCUCAGCGCUGGCCUCGAUGGACGUGCCUGCCUGUGGGAUGUCGAGUCGGGCGUGCAGCUGCGCGUGCUGAGCGUAGGUGUGGACGAAGCGGCGUGCGGCGAGGCGGGGGGCGGAGGGGUGCGCGGAGCGCGGGUCUCGCCGCACCGCCCGCCACGCCUGCUGCUCGCUACGGACGACGGCAUCGCGCCGCUCUGGAGCCUUGGCUGCGCCGAUCCGCGCCCUACAUAUGUGUACGCGGGCCACACGGAGGCGGUGUUGUGCUGCGCGUGGUCGCGGGACGGUCGCGUGGCGGCGACGGGCGCGGCGAGCGGCGAGCUUCGCGUGCUCGCGCAUCCGCCGCGCGCCUGCGUGCUGCACCACGAGCCUCACGCACACGACCUAGGAGUGCAAAGCUGCGACUUUGCGCCGUCUUCUGGUGACUUUGAACUUCCGGACGACACCCACGUGCUGGCGACGGCGGGCUCCGACUCCUUCAUAAAACUAUGGCUCAUUGAAACACACGAAGAAGAUGGAGAAGUCCUGAGUGCGACCGUAAGUCUGGUACGUCAGGUAGAGGCACACGGCGGUGGCGCAGCGAGUGUGCGAUGGUCCAGGGCGAUGGGAGUGGAAGGAGCGCUAUUUGCAAGCGCGGGGGCGGAUGGAUGGGCGCGCGUAUGGCGUGUGACGCCGCAAACUAUGGCUCUACGGACGGUGGCCGCAGCACAAGCGGCUGGAGCCGGUGGUGUAUUGGCAGUAGCGUUAUUGGCACGCUCUUCACCAGGACCACCACUCCUGGUGUCUGGUACGCUGGCGGGGGAGCUCGCGGUGUGGCAGCUUCCGCUAGAUGAACUGGAUGAUGAAGACGAAGACGAGGGUACGUCACCAGCACUUUGGGGUCCAGCAGGCGUAACUCGUUGGAUUAAAGAAAAUAUCACCCGCGCACCAGGAUCGCGAGCAACUCCAGAACAAGAAUCAGAAUUAAUACGUAAAUCGCACGAUGCAAACGUCACAGGCUCGACACUUAUGAACGCACCCUUCGAUGAACUACUAGAGGAUUUAGGUUAUGGUUGCGCAGAUUCGCUAGAGGAUAGUGAAGAGGAGCAUGGCGCGAUACGAGCGCGGCUCCAAAGUGAGCUGCUGUGGUUGCGCCGCGAACUGCCCUCCGCUGCGCAGGAGCGCUCGGCGCCGCACGCGCUGCUGUGCCCGCUGUCGCACCGCCUGCUGCGUGAGCCCGCGCGGGCCGCCGACGGCUACACGUACGAGCGUGCCAACAUACUCGACUGGUUCAUCGCUGCCGAUGGUGCGGUGUCGCCUGUGUCGGCGCGACGGUUGCGCAACGCGCGCGCUCUGCCCAACUACGCCCUGCGCGACCGGCUGCGACAGUUUAUGCAAGACGAGGGCUAUCAAUAA